GUUGCGCACCUGUCAACUGGACACUGGGUAGGUGAUGCAAGAUGAUGGCGAGUGUCUUUAAUGUGAUCUGAGUUUGUUUUUCGGCGACUAUUAGGGCAACAGAGUCACUUAAAGAAGGCAAAAAUAAAUAAUUAAACCAGGGAGUCAUUGAAGGAGUUUGUCGUGGCAGCGUCACAAACUUGGGACCGAAUAACAACAUCAAACCAAAGCGCGCAAUGGCUUCUCCGGGUGCCACUUCGAGUCCUUUGAGUAUCCUGGCUCCCAAAACGAAGACAAAGAAGAAACAUUUUGUACAGCAGAAAGUGGAGGUGUUCCGAGCCAGUGACCCUGUUCUAAGCGUCAUUAUGUGGGGAGUCAAUCACUCGAUUAAUGACCUGGUCCAGGUGCCUGUCCCCGUCAUGCUGCUUCCUGAUGACUUCAAAGCCAAUACCAAGAUCAAAGUCAACAACCAUCUCUUCAACAAAGAGAAUCUUCCAGGACAUUUCAAGUUCAAAGAGUAUUGUCCACAGGUGUUCCGCAAUCUCCGAGAGCGCUUUGGAAUCGAGGAUCUGGAUUAUCAGGCUUCUCUGGCACGCAGCCCUCCAGUGAAGGACGGGGAUGGUCACGGAGUGGGGCUGCUGCUGACAUCAUAUGAUCGCACCCUGAAACUCAAACAGAUCUCCAGUGAGGAAGUGGAGGACAUGCACAACAUCCUGUCUGAAUAUCACCAGCACAUAGUGACGUGUCACGGCAGCACACUGCUCCCUCAGUUUCUGGCCAUGUACCGGGUGACUGUGGAGAGUGAGGACACCUACCUCAUCGUUAUGAGGAACAUGUUCAGCCACAGGCUCAACGUUCACAGGAAGUACGACCUUAAGGGGUCUCUGGUGUCCCGUGAAGCGAGUUUAAAGGAAAAGGAGAAAGAGUUGCCCACGUACAAAGAUGUGGACUUCAGGAAUAACAUGCAGAAGGUUUAUGUGAGUGAGGAGGAGAAGGAGAGGAUCAUGGACAAGCUCAACAGAGACGUGGAGUUUCUGGUGCAUCUGAGGAUCAUGGACUACAGCCUGCUGCUGGGGAUCCACGAUGUGGGCCGGGAGGAGGAGGAGAUGGAGGAGGAGUCGAAUGAUGAUUAUGAUGCGGAGGACGAGGAGGAGGAGGAGAACAGCCUGACUCCUGCUCCUGCUGUGGGCUCCUAUGGCACCUCCCCUGAGGGCAUCGCUGGCUACAUGAACUCCUUUAAACCCCUGGGGCCCGGGGAGUUUGACCCUUAUGUAGACGUCUACGCCAUUCAGAGUGCUGUGGGUGCACCCCAGAGGGAGGUGUACUUCAUGGGUCUGAUUGACGUCCUGACUCACUAUGACACCAAGAAGAAAGCCGCUCAUGCUGCCAAGACCGUCAAACACGGGUCUGGAGCAGAAAUCUCCACCGUUCACCCUGAGCAGUACGCCAAGAGGUUCCGUGAGUUCAUUGCUAAGAUCUUUGCCUAGCUUACCAGAAAACAGCUACAUCUACAGUACCAUGGCCGACUCAAUACGAAAAAACUCCCCAUUUAGUACCUUGUUGUUACAAUUCAUUAUCCAACAGAUACUGUAUUUGAUUCUAAUAUUUAACUACACUGCUUUUUGAUUUCAUGAAUCAAUUCAAGUAGAUGAUUUUGUAUAUAUAUAACUACAGAGCAAAUAUACCGUAUAUUAACUAAGAAAUAUACCGUUUUUUAAAAGCUAUUUAUUUAAUUGAAGUUAAAAAAGUACUAGCUUUGCCACCUGUGGAACACGAGAGAAACAACAUCGUCACAUGCCUCGAGUUCUGGUUGACUGGAAUUUUGGAGACCUGGCAGAGUUCUAUUCGCUGUGGAAGUCUGACAACAGAGUGCGUUUGAAUGGCUUCUGUGACGAUGGGAAGAGAGAGAGCAUUGUCUUUGUGGCAUGCUCUUCUAGCUGAUUCUCUGACUGGAUGGAGGCACAAAAGGACAAAGUGACCGUAGCGAUGGCUAUUAAUUUAUGGACACACAUACUGAACUGGUAUUUUAGAAAGACUGAUCGAUGUCAUUGUUUGCCUAGAUUUCCUUAAAUCAAAACAAGGUGGAGAAAUGCUUUUAAUUCUUUUGAAAUCACUGAUGUAUCUUAAUAUAUUGGGAGUGGCUCCUAAUCCGUGAGCGGAUCUUUUAUUUCUGAGGCUCCGUAUCCGUGAGUGCGCAAAUUCUCGCAGUAUGUCUCAUUCAUUUUCUCAUGCUGAACCCAGAUUAGAUACAUGGCUAGUUAAAUCAGAAUUAAAUGGCAAAAAGAUGAUAUUCGCAAUGUCACUAAGAAAAAAACAACCACUACAAUGUCAAUGAUUUUUUCAUGAGUUCAGUACCAUUUGCUUGAUUUUGCGGAUCCAUGACUAAGGUUUAUCCUCAUUAGCUAGCUAACAUUAGCAUGCUAGUGUUAGCUAGCAAGCUGUAGGCAAGUCCAUUGGAAACCGAUGCAACCCUGGUGGCUAUGUGGCUUGUUAGAUGACCGGUAGUGACAGUGAGGUCCAUAUGAGAGUCAAGGCUCUAAUAAGUGCCAUCGUGCACAGAAAAUACUGUUUGAUGAACUAGCUAAGUUAGCUAACAAGGUAUACCAGUUAUCAUGUUAACUAGUUUUGCAUGCAUGGCAGGACCAGUGUUGUCCAAGAUGGUAGAUCGUCUCUGGUGAUGUGUCAACAUUACAACCACAGUACAACCUAUGGGACGCAAACAUUCCUGCACAUACACAGGUAUCGGAUUACAAUAAGAAAUAUUUCUCAAUAUAUUGCAUAUUUAGUCCACAAUUUCUCUGACAUUUGGCUUGUAGUUCUUGCACAACAAAGAAGUAGAGACCGUUUUCAGGGACCUACCCAAUCAAAACAAACAGUGAAAUUAUGGUUAGGGAGAAAUCAACCAUACGACCGCUACUAGGUGUCAAUGUAUCCCACAGAUCAAAUUGAUUUCAACAGUACUUAAUAGAGUCCACUAACUUGCUGCACUGGUGUAAAAAGUCACUAUUGCACAUGAUUUUCAUAUUGACAUAUCUGGGACAUUUUGGAGAACACUUAUGGAUCUGUUAGACACAUACACACAUCUAUGUAUUUUCUCUGUAAAUGGAUUUGCAUUUCUUGGGUGAGGUGGGGCUAACUAAAUAAGAAAUGACAAUCCAGGACAAAUAGAAAUACAGCCUGCUUUGUGAUAUCAAAUGCCUUCUUACAUUUUAAGAUGGGGUAUGCAACCAAGCACACAUGAAACCAUUCAUGAAGACAAAUGAUUUGAAGUACACCCCUGCUGAGUAUAAACAAUAAAAAUGAUUAUAGAUGUCCCAAAAUAGAUUGAAUGGGCUUGUAAUUCACACAGUUCUGAUGAAAAAUCAAGUGCAUUUGAUGUAAAUAUAGGUAUACAAGGACAUCUAGUGGUCAGCAGGUUUUUCAUCCUCAGUCACUAGCUGUCAUAAUUGUGUAUCCCUCCUUCACAAGCUUGAUGUUUCCUAUGCAACAAAAAAAACAUUGAUGCACUAGCAUGCAAUGACGCAGGUAUUUACAUUGCAACAUGUAUUGUCAUUGACUAAAACAAAAUAUAAUUGUAUGAGAAACCGUAACACUUCAAUUAAUAGCCCGGGCGUUUAUUUUCUUAAAUCACUGAACACAACUGCCUUUUAUUAGAGACAUGCUUCUAUUUGAGCCAGGCAUCUAUUUCCUUAAUGCACACAGUUUUUGCAAAUUUGCAUAGUUAAUUGUUUAAUUCCAGCAUCCACUUCCAGCAUUUUUAUCAAUUUCUUCAUUUCCUGCACUGUGUUAUCGUUUACAAACGGUGUCACGUUUAUUUUGUGUAAGUAUUCCACUAUAAAUACAACUUUUUUUUUAACAAAAAUUUUCUCCACUUUGCUGUGCAUUUUCGGCAGUUAUUACUUUCGCCACUAGAGACGAUUUCUAGCGGUCUGUGUUCCCAAAGUUGUUGACUGUUUUUGUGCUUGCCAGUUAGCUAGCAGUUCUCAGCUGUUAGCAACCAAUGGCUAGCAGUUUCUUUCUGGUGAUAAAAACAGAUGAUUACCAUCAUUUCUUUGAGACAUUACUGAAUUAUUUAACGUAACGAAUCAAAGGUUAAACCUCAAACAAUUCAUGGUAAUCUCAAACAGGCAGUGGUGGAAAAAGUACCCAAUUGUCAAACUUGGGUAAAAGUCAAGAUACAUUUUUAAUAGAAAAUGACUCAGGUGAAAGUCACCCAGUAAAAUAUUACUUGAGUA